UGCCUGCAACAGUGAUACCCGCGGGGAGGAAAACAGCCUGGAAAAAAGAUCAUCCAUCUACUGAUCAUGACAUUGUAGAUCUGUGGACUGAAUUCACAAACAACACAGGUAUUCACGGUGUCAACAAGCUCAGACCAGGACGCUACAGAGUCCGAUGGUCACCCUGCAUGAUCCCCGAAUUCACCCAGAUUUAGUGGCAUCCUCCUUCCUGGCAGCUCCAGGGACAUCGACAUACGCGGUCGUUCAAAGAUCAACGUACCAGUAUUUGCCACCGCCCUACCAGGCCUUCAAGAACCGAACAUGUGUGGACACGUCUUCGCCCUCAUUUAACAACACCCUGCAGUACUUCGACAUAUACACAUACGAAAACUGCCUGAGGGAGUGUUUUGCAUUGAUAGCAUACCACCAAUGUCAGUGUGUGUCAUUGGGCGAUGAUGAAACUAUGGGAAAGGUCUGUUCUAUUCGAGACCACGUCACAUGCUUCCAACCAAUAAUUGUACGCUCGUUGAUGAAUGCGACGAUUCAUAAAUCGUGUGGUUGCCAGCUACCAUGUUCGUUCGAGAAAUAUUCCGUUAAAGUGUCAUCAGCCAGUUACCCCUCAGAUGUUUCAGUAGACAUGAUAAUGAACGAAACCAUGUCUCCAGACAAGGAAUAUGUCAGAAACAAUUAUCUCGAAAUAAAGGUAUUCUAUGAAGAUCUGAUUGUUCAGUCAACAGUGCAAACUCCACAGUAUACAAUAGAGACCAUCAUGGGUAACCUUGGGGGUCAGAUGGGCAUUUGUCUCGGAGCCAGCAUCCUAACUCUCACAGAGCUUGCGGAAUUCCUCAUCAUUCUUGGUUUGACUAUCUUCGCAAAAUUGCGUGAUCGUCGACAAAACGUGAAACGUAUCCAUCCUACUAGUCCCUAAAGUAUCAAGAAUAAUACUGUAAUAAU